AUGAAAUCUAAAAUUAAGGUACCAAAUAAAUUAACAGUGGGUACUGAAACAGAUCUUAUCUUUAAUGAUGCAGAUUUUUGUUCUAAUUUAGCUGAUCAUUUUAAAUAACCUAAAACAGUGAGGACAACACAUAAAAAAACAAAAUCAGAGUUAUUUUAUACAAAAACACCUAACACAGCAUUGUUUAAAAGUCGAUAAAAUGGAUAAUUAUUAACAAGUUCUUAGUUAUCUCUUUCUCGUUGUCCAUCAUUAACAAAAUCUUAGAGGAGAUUAUAAGAUAGAGAACUGAAAACAAAAAGUAAUAAUGUCAGUAAGGAGUAUUUGGAAAUAAAGAAAAGUUAAACAGAAUAAGAUAUUGUUCCAAUAUAGUUGCUUUUUGAAUAAAAUAGUUUUUUAGCAAGGAAUCAUGAGUUAUUGAUAGAUAGUAUAACAGAAUUAUCAGAAUCUGUUAAAGUUUAAUUAUUAAGCAAUCAAUAUGAAAUAUAGAGAUGGAAGGAGGAGAAGACGUAGAGUAAUCUUGAUAGUAAAUUGUUGUUUAUUUUAUAUAAUACAUUGUAGUAAUUAGAUAAAAAAAUAAUUGGAUCAAUAUUUAAUAAAUAGUAGACUCCAGGUGAGAAUUUUAAAUUAAAACAUUUAUCUGAUACAAUGGAGGUGGUUUCAGAGAUGAUUACACUUUUAAUUAAAUAAGUGUGUAGAAUGGAUAUUAAAUUGGCAACAUUUAUAGAGUACUUUUGGAAAUUUUGGGUAGUGUUAAUUGAUGUAGCAAUGUAAUGGAUGGAUAAAAGUUGUACAGAUUACAUAGAAUAUUAGAUAUAAUAGUUUAAGUAAUAGUUUGAAGAAGCAAUAUAGUAAAAGAAUGUGACAGAAGAUAAAUUGAUUAGGGCAGAAAAGGAGUUUAAGUUAUAAGAGCAAUAAUAUUAAAGAAAAUGUGAUGCUUUAGAAACUUAAAUAUUAUCAAUCUAAUCUGAAUUUAAUGAAUACAAAUAAGCAGUGUUAUAGAUGAGUGAUUUAAAAUAGGCUGAGAAGAGAAUGAAUGCAGUUGGAUUAAAGUCAUUGGAAUUGGAGAAUUUAUUUAAAUAAUAUGAUCGAUAGUUAUUUGAUUAUAAGAGUGAUUUUUAAAAAGAUUUUAAGCAAUUAGGAUCAAUACUGGUACAAUAAAAGAAACUGUAAGAAGAUUUGAAACAACCACAUCAAUAUGCAUAAUCAAUUCUUCAUAUUCCUACGUAUGUGGAGAAUAAGACACUUUAUGAACUAUUUACUAAUAUGCAUCCUUUCUGUUUGUAUUUUAGAAAAAUAGAAAUACAUGAAUAAGAUGAUGAGAACAAUUAUGAUAGUUAAUUGAUACAGUUUUUAGAGUAUUUGACAAAUUAUGAUAAUUUGAUGUAGAAUGUUUGUGUAAUAUUUAAAGAAUGGGUUAAUGAUAAUGAUCGUCUUAAUCGAAUAGUGAAUCAUUUAUUGACUUAGAAAGAUUACACAUAACAUUCUUUACAUCAUUUUUAUUGUAUUCUAUUUGGUUUGAAAAAUAAUUAAUAACUUUCUUGGAUUUCAAUUAGUAAUCUAAUCUGUUAUUUUAAACAGUUGAGAUAAGAAUUGCAUCAAUAAUUGAAUGAGGCAAUUUAUCUUAAAGAAUCUCAUUAUAUUUUAGAUUUGAUUUUGCCAGAAGAGUUUAUGGAAAUUAUCAAACAUCAUAAACUCGAUUCAAUAACUAUAUUGAGUUUAUUAAAUUUAUUAGCUUAGUUUAUGUAAUAGACAGAGAAUAAAUAAUGGAAUAGAUGGAAAUUUCAUUUUAAAAUUGAUUCAGAUGAAUAUGAUCAUAAUAAAUUAGAUUAUUUUAUGUAACUCAAAACAUACUUAAAUCAAGGUGAAUUAAGCAUUCAAUAAAAGAAUGAUUAUUUUGAUUAAAUUCGUCAUUUAUCUUAAAUGUACCCUUGUUUAUUUUAUAAACAUAAGUAUAUGAUUUCAAAAAUGUAAACUUAAGUAAGAAGAGUGUCAUAAAAAAAUGCAGCUUAAUAGCAAUAAAAUAAUUUGAAUUCAAGACCAUCUAUGAUGAAGAGAUAGUCAACCUAUAAUGGUAUGAUUAAAUCUCAAGUUCUUAGAAAGUGAAUCGUUUUGA